GUGAGGAUCUUCUGGGCGAAAUGAUCCGAGACACUGAUCGAUAGCAUGGCGGCGCGCGCGGCCGGCGCGCACACUCCAUCAGCCUGCUACGAAGCGCCAGCUGCGCACUGUCAACUGAUUGAGCCAAACGCGCGCAGCGGCACGCGCAUGUAAACUUAAAAGGAAGGCGGAGACAGCGAAGGUAACGACCCACCCCGCGGCGGGCAAAGGAGCAACCCUACCCAGCGCGCCAGCCGUCGGCACAUCGCGUCAGGGGGUGCCAACCUCAAAGAAAGCUUUACAACGCCCCUCCGCGCAGUACCUACUCCUGCUGCGGAGGUGGAAGCUCGAUCGCUCGACGGACGUCGACUUUUGUUCGCCAUGCCCGUGGGAUUACCUGCAGCCAAGCUUUUUGCCGAGCGGACCCGCUCGCUGGCAGAGCCCCUCGGCCCCGCAAGGUGGCACCGGCCAGCCAGACGGCGGGCCAAGCGUUCGCCGGGGGGGCCGCGCCGCUCUACCUCAGGGCCGCGCCCUGCUCACGCGCGCCCUCCCAGCUCAGCCCCGCGUCGCUGCGAAGGGAGGAGAAGGAGGAGGGCGCCGGGAAAGACACCUGGCCAUGCCCGGGCAUCGCUUCGAAUUGGCUCUGGAGGCGGCCGUGGGGUCUGCUCUGGGUGGGCACCAGCACAGCAAGUCAGGAGAGGAGGGCGGGCAGACUCGUCACCUGGCGCCCGUCUGGAGAAGGCGGCGCCCGGAGGGGACGGGGAACAAAGCCUGUGUGCAGAGGUGCAGCUCUCCCCCCCCACCUCUUGACGGCCAGAACCAAUGAUGCCCGACAACAGCCCCACAGCUGGCUACAAGGCUGGCUAACCCCUGGUCCGCGCCGGCCGCCGCGGCGCGCGCCCCGAGCUCUCAUCGGAGGCGCUGGUGUGUGCGAAGAUCCCAGGGGGGAGCAAUACAUGUAUUCGGGUGCGCCGACUGUCCACCUCUUCGACGAAGUUCCCUAUCCGCGGCAUGUGUACCAACACCUCAGCCGAUACGUUGACGGCAUAAGACGAGAUGAUGGUGACAUGGGCGGACUUCACACACAAACUGGGCUGUCCGCCCCCGUCGUCGCCUCCGACCUCGCCAGCCGAGGCAACCCAGCUGCCGCGGCGCCCCCUCAGGCCUGCCCGGCGCUGGGGGCCUCCGUCGGGCGGGACGGGCGGCGGGGGGGCCCGCGGGCCCCCAGGGAGGGGAGGCAGCAGGAGGAGGACGAGGAGGAAGAGGAGGAGCAGGAGCAGGAGGAGGAGGAGGAGGAAGAGGAGGAAGAGGAGGAGGAGGGAAAAGAAAAGGGGGAGGAUUCGGAAUUGAUGCCGUCUUCUGCUGCAUCGCCAGCAUGUCGUCCCCUGUUUCGUGGAUGUGUGGGGAACUGGGAUGGGAUCAUCACGGGGGAUGGAUGAUUCUGGCACAUUUCGAACACCUCCGUUGCGGGGCUACCUUUCUCCUACGGGCAAGUACUCUCAGACCUACAGGCUGGCCUGCUCAGGCGGGCCUUCAUCCACUUGGUCUUCCACGCCGACCACGCUACUCAUACCGGAAGGGUAGGAUACUUGAGAAGAUGGGAAUAAGAAUCGAUACCCACCAGUCGGAAGAAG